GUGACCCCGGAAGUUAUCCCGCCUCUGUUCAAGAAGUGCUUCCACCCCGGAAGUGUUAGCUUCAAAUCAUCAUACUCUUAGUAGUGAGUAGUUGUGUGAUUACAAUGAUGUCAAGUAAAGAACAUAGCAGGCAACUGGUGGUGUUGGAUGUAGACGGGGGUGUGGAUGACGCCCAGGCCAUGAUGUUAGCACUGACACAGCCACACGUGCAGGUGCUGGCAAUCACUUGUGUUGCAGGUAACGUCCACCUGGAUCAGGUGUGUCAGAACGUCCUGAGGGUGCUCAAGGUGUUUAGCAGACUUGAGGUACCAGUUUUUGCAGGAGCAUCCCUGUCUCUUUUGGGAACUCAUGUGGAUGCUGGUCACUAUUUAGGUCAGGAUGGAAUGGGUGAUGUGCCAGACCCUGACCCUCCCCCUGCUGACUUGGUACAGUCUGAGCAUGCUGUCAGUGCAUUAUUGAGGUUAUCUGGAGAAUAUCCAGGUGAGAUCAACUUGAUUGCAACAGGCCCACUUACCAACCUUGCCUUGGCUCUCAGGAUGGACCCAGACUUCCCUGCACGAUUAAGGAAGCUGACACUAAUGGGGGGCAACAUUUAUGGCCUUGGCAAUGUAACCCCUUCAGCAGAGUAUAACUUCUGGUGUGACCCGGAAGCAGCUCAUGUUGUCCUGGAAGGAUAUGGCAGCUUGUUUCCCAUCACAGUAGUCCCCUGGGAAACCUGUGUCCAGGACCAUGAUAUAUCCUGGGACACCUGGGAUGAUAUUUGUGCCAUACCAACAGAACGUGGGCAAUUCCAUGCUGCAAUACAGCAACAGAUGAUUUCAACACAGAAGAAACACAGAUUGUUCUCUGCACAUUUCCACACAUUUGACCCAUAUGCUGUUGCAGUGGCAUUGUGCCCCGAGAUUUUGUGCAAGACAUUUUAUGUCUAUGCCAGGGUGGAGUUAAAGGGGGACAUAACCAGGGGGACGAUGGUGUGUGAUUACAAUGACAAAUGGGGAAAACCUCCAAAUGUACAAGUUGUCAAGAAACUUCACCUACCUUCAGUGUUGACUAUGCUUUGUAAAGCAUUGGAAUAGCGCCAAUGGGCACAUGUAUGAUUGAGUAAGGGAAUGUUCAGUAAUUUCUACCAUUUCAACAAGGACAUAUGUUCAUAUGUGUGAGUUGAUUAAUUCAUUGUUACAUUGUUACAUGCACUUGGCCUUUGUUGUUAGUGUCCUCUGUCCAUGUUCAAAGAACAAAAUAUCUCGGUCAUAUGGAGCAGCAAUGUUAUAUUUUUUGUCUUUUUUUUAUUUAAGUCACAAAAUGAAGGUGAAAGAGAAGAAUUGUUAGGGUUACUUCAACCACUUAAUUUUACAAUAGCAAUUCAUGUUGAUGACUUUAAAACCAUUAAAAGUGAAUGUGAGAAAAAUA